AUGUGUCGUCAACGAGUGCUGCAGGAAGGGAGACAGAUACCGUUGGUGCUAUUUUGGGAAGGAAGAAAAGGCUGGGGUCUUCGCACAAUUUUCAAAAUUCCAAAGAAUGUUUUUGUCGGUGAAUACGUCGGAGAGGUGAUCACUUUUGCGGAAGCCAAACGCCGAAACAAACACACAAAAUACCAAUUCAGUCUUUCGACGGCAAUCACAAAGCUCGACAACAAAUUCCUGGUGAUCGACGCCACAAGCCUCGGAAAUGAAACCAGAUUCAUAAAUCAUUCGUGUUCAGCUUCUAUGAAGCUUCUUCAACUA